AUGAACGGAUUUUUGCAUUCGCUAACCGACGUCGGUCAUAACGUUACGGUUUUCACCUGGUUUCCCGAAGGCAAACGAGAAAACUACUCAGAAAUCGUUUUAAAGGGACCAGAAUUUGUGAACUUGGAUUUAGUUAAAUUUAAAGAACAGAUAAAACCUCCAAAUAAUUUACUCAGACACGUUAUACGCCGUAACAGACAAGUAUGUGAUAUUAUAUUUUCAAAUCCUAAAAUAGAAGCCAUCAUGAACGCGGAAAAUACCGACGAGUUCGAUGUCAUCGUCACCGAAACCGCAGUUUCAGACUGCAUGUCACAUUUGGUUCGUCGUCUCCGCCUACCUUUAAUUUACCUCUUUCCUUUACCAAUACCGACUUACUUGGAGGCGUCGUUUCUUGGUGAAGAUCCAAACCCUGCGUAUGUGUCAAAUUUAGUCUUGUCAUUCAGCUACCCAAAGACGUUUCAACAACGUUUGCUAAACUUUCUCACCUACAAAUACAUCAAAAUUAUGUUGUGGUAUUUUGAAACGAGAGCCGUGAAGUCCAACCCCAGACCGUACGACUAUAUUGAACCGGUCAAGCCGUCCUUGGUGUUUGCAAACAGCCAUUUCAUCGUCGAACCGGCCAGACCCCUGCCACCCAAUUUCAAAGAAAUCGGCGGCAUUCAUCUUCCUGAACCCAAUGAAAUACCAAAUGUAAGUCAUAAAUAA